AUGGCUCUAAGUCGCCAGUCCCUUUCGCCAACCUCCCAUCUGCUGCGCAACUCCCGACUCUUCUCUCUGCCCAACCCUCUCCCACGCCCGCCUGUUAGCGAGACCUUUGGCGCGGGCAUCACAAAGGCAUCGGACACGGCAACCCUGCCAUACCCGACACACCAGGCCAUUGCUACCACAAAGGCCUCACUUGCACGCGGUGAUUGGGGUCUGAAACGAGCAAUUCCCUCGCGGAGUCAUCUUGUCCAAGUUAGUGACCCGGUUCUGAGAGUGACGCAGCUGGAUACCAUUGAGCAUGUCACCGACUUUGACUCGGCAGCCGACCAUGUGCGGACAAGGCAGAAAUGGGAAGAGAUGGGAAUUCCCAUGAUGAAGGGCAUGACGCAGAUGCGUGACCACGACUUGAGCGUAGCGCCGCCUGCAGGAGCAUUUGAGGUCCGCGAUGACACUACCAACUACGACACUGACAUGGGAUUGGAUGAGGCUGACCCCAUCGUACACAACACCAAGCGGUGGAAGCAUGACGGUCCGUGGCUACCAGGCAUGGGAGCUGACGACUUUGUCGCCUAUAUCAGUAAGGAAAUCACUUCUCGCAAAAAAGAAUUCAACAAUUAUCUUGUUGAAUUUGUGAAGAACGAGAUCUACACGUCCCGCCGUCUCGCCGCCACAAAGUCGAACGAACAACCACCAAUGGACAUUCAGGAAGCCGAAGAAUGGCAAGAGCGACAAGAAAAAUCCUGGCGUCAUAUUACACGCAACGACAUUGACACUGGUAUCAAGGCUCUCCGUAAAGAAACAGCCAACAAUCCGUUGGGGAGCAAACUGGUCAGCAAACUCAUCCUCCCUUUCCUGAAGCUGCCGGCCAUCAAGUUCAAGCCCAAGGCAUGGGCGUCGGACGCAUCGAGCCGCGACAUUGACCAAUACUCGUUUGAUCAAGAGACGGCACCACUCUCGACGCAUCCCAGCGCCGGUCUCGGCUACCUGCGCACAAAAUCCUACAUGGCCAACCACCCAAUCCUCGGCCCGCAAGCCAGCCACGCUCCCGUGCCUGCGCGCGUCGUGCAGGCCCGGCGCACAGGAACCAAGAACGAAAUGUAUGCGCGCCUGGGCGUCGGCGGCUUCGUCGCAAACGACCAGUUCAAGAGCGCAGAGACCAUGUCAGCGUCGCGCGCCAACAUCAUGGGCGCAAAGGACGUCGAGACAAUUGACAUUGACACGCCUGGUGGGCGCAAAAUCCCCGUGCAACCCCUCUUUGGCAGCGUCACCAACGACGGGCGAAUCCACAUCAAGCUCAAGCGGUCGAUAGGACCCGAAGUCGCCGUCGCUCGGGGUGAGCUCGACGAUCGCCCCCCGGUGCGCGACCAUGUGGACGAGGAUCCGCUGCGGAGCCUGGGAGCGGGCAUGGGCAAGAGCGGCAUUCGAGAGCUGGAUGAGCAGAGCGGUGAGGCGCAAAGAUUCAGCCAGUUUCUCGAGAGCAUGACACCACAGGGCAAGGCGACUCCCCCGCCGGGUUUCCCGGGCGUGGCAGAUGCGCUGAGGAGCGACUAG